UGGGCGCCGUUUGACACCGCCGUUUCUCCGUUUGGCAGGUUCAGGAGUUCGAACACGUUAACGGUCAGUGGUCGAUGCCGUGGAUGGCCGAGCUGGAGGAGAGCAAGAAGGCGGCGCAGCCCGAGUCCCCCGGGAAGACCCCGUCUACGGGGACGCCAGCGGACACACAGCCGAACACACCUGCUCCAGGUAACACACACAAUAACACGUACACACACACACACACUCACACUCACACGUGCACAUACAAACACAUGCACACUCACACACACACACACGUGCACAUACAAACACAUGCACACUCACACACACACACACAGUUGAAAUGCGGCGCUAACCAGACCAACGUUCUUGAUCCUGCAGUCGACGAGUCGUCGAAGAGCGAGGAGGCGGCGAAGGACGGAGAGAAGGAGGUGAAGAAGGAGGGCGAGGCGGAGAAGAACGGAAAAGAGUCGGUGAAGGUCAGCGAUGAGGUAAGGACACGAGGCGUUCGAGGACCCGGGAGAAAACUGGGAAUCUAGAACUUCCUCUUAAGGUCGUUUCACACGUACAAGUGUCACAUCAGCGCCGUUUUCCCGUUCUGCGAUAUUGGUAUAACAGUUUGAUAAACGUCUUUGUUUAAACUUUCAUCUGUGCUAACGUAAGCUAACGGUUGUUACCAUGGUUACAUGUUCUUAUCUUACCGCCUCUGGCGAAGGAGGCGGGUUUGAUGUGGAUCGUCAGGCGCGUCAAAUUCUCCUCCGAGUAUUUUGUGAUUUCACGUUCGCCUCGGUGUGUAACGACCCUCACUCUCAGGUUUCUGAUCCGCCUUCUCAGUCGCUCAGACUUCCUGUUUUAACCCAGUCGCCGUGACGAUGUCGCCGUCUCUGUGCUCCCUAGGUGAUCGCCAUCCCGGACGACGACGAGAAGAGUCAGACCGCCGAGACGGAGAGCAAGAAGAACGGCGAGGAGCCGAUGGAGACGGACAAACCGAGCAACGGAGAAGUGGAGAACGCUAAAGAGAAGGAGGAGAAGGAGGGAGAGGAGGAGGAGGAGAAGAAGGACGGCGAGGGAGGAGGAGAGGACGCCAAGACGGAGGGGUCAGAGGUCAAAGCGGAGGAGGAGGCAGAUGUCAAAGGUCAGUUUCUCUCUCUCUCCUCCAUCAGCUCUGUGUUUCAUCAUGACCAGCUUCACUGAGACUCCUCUCUGUUCCUCCUCAGCUGAGGAGAAGAAGGAGGAGAAGAAGGAGGAGAAGAUGGACACCUCCUCCUCGCCGCCACCGCCGCCGCCGCCGCCUGCAGACGAAAAGAAAGGUGAGUUCUGACCCGGUCCAGACCGAGUCCUUCAGGACCGGACUUAGAUCUUUACCGUCUCCUCUUUGACGCUCCUGCAGCUGACCUGAAGGAGGAGAAGGAGGCGCCGAAGCCGGAGGACGCCGCCAAACUUCAGAACGGAGACAGCAGCAAGGAGAGCGGCGCCUCAGCUACCGCCGCCGCCUCUGCAUCGGCCGCCAUCAGCGAGGAGAAGAAAAAAGCCAAGACGCGGUUCAUGUUCAACAUCGCCGACGGAGGAUUCACAGGUACGGACCGGCGGACGCCAGAUUUACUGAGUGAGACUGUGACAUCAUCGCUUUAACUCCUCCCCUUUCCUGUCCACUCCAACAGAGCUUCACUCUCUGUGGCAGAACGAGGAGCGCGCCGCCACCGUCACCAAGAAAACCAACGAGAUCUGGCACCGCCGCCAUGACUACUGGCUGCUGGCGGGAAUCAUCCAGUAUCCUUUCAGCCGCUGUGAUUGGCUCACGGGUGUGUGCGUGCGUUUGUGUGUGUGUGUGUGUGUGUGUGUGAGUGCGUCUGUGUAGAACCGUGUGUCGCCUUGACCUCGCCGUCCCUCAGACACGGUUACGCUCGCUGGCAGGACAUCCAGAACGACGUGAAGUUCGCCAUCCUCAACGAGCCGUUCAAAGGAGAGAUGAACCGAGGGAACUUCCUGGAAAUCAAAAACAAAUUCCUCGCCAGGAGGUUCAAGGUAGGACGCCAAACGCCACACGCCAAACGCCACACGUCAAACGCCACACGUCAAACGCCACGGGAGAUCUUGGCUGACAGUCCUCGUUUUUAGACGACCUCUGAUUCCAUCGAAAUAAAGGAAUCUAUUUAAGCAACAUCUAGACGUGUCUGUCUACACCGAGCUUCAUCUGAACAUCUAUUCUGCCUAACUCCUCCCCCUCUCUCCUCCUAACUCCUCCCCCUCCUCCUCUCUCCUCCCCCUCUCCCUCCCCCUCCUCCCCCCAGCUGUUGGAGCAGGCUCUGGUCAUCGAGGAGCAGUUGCGUCGCGCCGCCUACCUCAACAUGUCGGAGGACCCGUCCCACCCAUCGAUGGCGUUGAACACGCGCUUCAGUGAGGUGGAGUGUCUCGCCGAGUCCCACCAGCACCUGAGUAAAGAGUCCAUGUCGGGGAACAAACCGGCCAACGCCGUCCUGCACAAAGGUCCGCCUCUUUUUAAAGAUGGAGGAGGAAACGCCCCCUCCCUUUUUAUUCCCAUCAGAAACGAAAAUUCCACUUCCUGUUUGUGUUUUUGCUGAACGGACAGUUUUUAAAAAUGAGAUGGUCGAUUUCUGACGGCGGUUUUAACUCCUCCCCCACAGUGCUGAAACAGUUGGAGGAGCUGCUGAGUGACAUGAAGGCGGAUGUGACCCGCCUCCCCGCGACCAUCGCCCGGAUACCGCCGGUUGCCGUGCGACUCCAGAUGUCUGAGAGGAACAUCCUGAGCCGGCUGGCGAGCCGAGGCCCCGAGACGCAGACACAGGCGCAGACUCAGCAGGUGGGUUUCUACGCCGAUCUUAAAGGGGCAGGGUCUGAUCUCUUAAAGGGGCGGGGUCUAAUCUUAAAGGGACGGGGUCUUAUCUCUUAAAGGGGCGGGGUCUAAUCUUAAAGGGACGGUGUCUUAUCUCUUAAAGGGGCGGUGUUGUUGUUUUUUUGUACUCAGACAAUAAUUCACUUCCUGUUGUGACCCCUCCCCCCUCAGAUGUCGCAGCAGUAG